AUGAGGAAGAAGGCGAACUGGAGCUACGACACGGUGCCAACGGCAGAAGACGCGUUCAAGGCCAUCGAAGACAGCGCUGGCACGGGAGGAACCAGGGCAAAGCGAAAGGCCAAAGGCGUGGAGCGUUACAACGACGGCGACUAUUUCAAGCCCGAGUCGCAAGUUUCGGGCCAGAAGCGACCCCGAGGUCCAAAGCCCGAGGAGGACGACCUCGAUCUCGAGACUGCUCUAGGUAUAUCGGAAGCACAGCUUGCCGAGGACAGGCGAUGGCGAGAGAGCAAGCAACACCUUACUCCAGUUGAGUAUAAGAAAUGGCAUGUCGCUGCUUUCGACGUCAAACUUCAAUGGGAUGCUUACGGCAACUUCAUUGAAGCAGAGCUCGACUCGGAAGACGAUAUGCUUGUGGCGAAUCACAACGCACUGUACGAACCAAAGUUCAAGGCCUUGCAGAAGCUGAAGAGAAAGCUGAACGACACUUUCGACAACCCAGGUUCUUGGGCCACGACUACUUUCUUCUCCGAGAAGAAGAUGUUUCCAGAGACUGACGACUCUGGCGUCGAAGGCAAGAAGGAGACCCGUACCAGCAAAGUUCCAAUCAAAGGAAAGAGCAGAGGAACUGGUGAUGGUCGGGUUCGGAAGCGUGGCGGUACAAACCUCGCCAGGUACAAGGUCGGCAAAGGCACAUCCGCUCAGCGCACGGGCAAGUCAGCCAGAGUCCGCAGCCUGUCCGAAGUUGAGGCAGAGGAGAACAGCUCGGAUGAUGCGGACUAUGCCAGCGAUCCGGCCGAUAUAGGGUUGGAGGACAGCGAGGACGAGAUGUCAGGCCUUGAGGAUACUGCCCAGGAAGCACGCACGCCAAGCAACUAUCGAUUCAACGCAGCAGUAACAGCGCCUGGGUCUAACAGUCUCAGACUAAUCCUGGAGCAGGCCGGCGAAGUGCCAAGUGCAAUCUAG